AUGUAUAUCCAAAAACUUACCGCCGCCGGCCUCGCCCUCGCAAGCAUCGCCUCAUCUGGCGACACCGUCUCCAAAGGCCACGUACUCGACUUCGCCGUGGAAAAAUGCAUCGACAGCGACGGAAACAUUCGCUGCACCAAGCCGUUCCCCGUCAAAGAGGGUUCGUGCUACCGGUUCGAGUGGUCGACCAACGGGGCGCUGGCCCACACGACGGUGGAGGUGAAGGACGCCGGGAGUGGCGAGAUUGUGUACUAUCGCGAUACCGACGGCGAGUGGAAGCCCAAGAAGAACGAGGUUGUGUAUCUCGACUUCAAGCCCAAGAUUUGGGGGCAGGGCAACGAGACUGUGGACUAUGAGGUCAAGAAGUGCGAUAAGGAUGACGAGCUGUGA